AUGCAAAGCCAGUUUGAAGCGUUGGUUCAACAACUUUUGGAGUCCAUGAAUUUACCGGACCCCAAUAAAUGUAUUUUCAACUUCACCAACAAGGAACUCCCUAAAGAAGUAUGCAGAACGUUGAGCCUUGAACCUAACUUUGGAUUGCAGAUUCAGAAUAAGAAGGCUCUCAUCCCUCAAGUCAUCAAGGAUUUAGAGCAGUGUGUAGGUGCAGUCAAAUUAGAUGACUGUAGUGAUACUGAUUUGUCUGCAGCUAAGGAAAAUUUAAGAGCAAGAAGCAUUAACAUUGUGUCUAAUUUUUGCAAAAUUAAUGCACGUUCUGAAGAUCGUUUGAUGUUAAAUAGAGACCUUAUCGUCACAAAGAAGUUUUUGAAAGAAAAUAGUGACCUGGUGGUAUCAAAAUCGGAUAAAGGGAACUCUACGGUCAUCAUGUUUAAAGAAGAGUACGAGAGGGAGAUGGGUGUUCUGAUUAAUGACAGAACAACUUACCAACCGUUACAUCGAGAUCCAACUCUCAAAUUCCAAAAAAGGGCCAAUGAUUUGGUGGCGGAUUUGUCAUCUACGGGUAUUAUAGACGAAGCUGAAGCGAAAAUUCUUCAGUCGAACUACACUCUAGCGCCACGGAUUUACGGCCUGCGUAAGACACAUAAGCCAACGUGUAAAUUGCGUCCGGUUGUUAGUUGUGUACAAUCUCCUAGUUACAAGUUGUCUCGAUUUGUACAUGAAAUUUUGACACCAGUAGUUGAAAAAUUUAGAUUUAAUUUGCAAAAUUCGUUCCAAUUUGUAGAAUUUAGUAAAACUGUCGAGUUAGAGAAUGACUAUAGAUUAAUAUCACUUGAUGUGGUUUCGUUAUUCACAAAUAUCCGCAAGGAUUUAGUUUUGAAAGUGAUUAACGAGACGUGGGAUAAUAUUAAACACUUAGUUAAAGUACCGAAAGAUAAGUUGAUUAAGUUGGUUGAAUUUUGUUUUGAAACGAGCUAUUUCAGUUUUGGGGGAACAUUGUACGGUCAGGUAGAGGGUUGCAGUAUGGGGAAUCCGGCUAGCCCGGUGCUAGCCAACUUAAAAAUUGAGGCAUUGUUACGGAAUAAUGGUUAUCCAAAGUCGUUAAUUCUUGCGUCGGUUAAUAAAUUUAAGGAAAAGACUGUGAACCAAAGAGUCGUUGGUGAGAGGAGGUCGAAUUUUAUUAAAUAUUGCCGGUUUCCUUUUAUUCCGGGGUUGUCACACAAGAUCAAUAAUUGUUUCAUAGGCACGAAUGUCAGGUUAGCUUAUUAUAAUGUCGCUAAGAUUAAGUCCUUAUAUUCUAAGCUGAAAGAUCCAGUACUCCAGGAUCAGAGAGCAGGUGUCGUGUACAAAAUUCCAUGCUCGUGUGAGCUAUGUUAUAUUGGACAAACCAAACAAUAUUUGAAAAAUAGAAUUCAGCAACAUAAGAACAGUUGUCGGGAUGUAAAGAUCUUGGAUAACAAUAAAACGGCGUUGGCUUUGCAUUAUUUUGACUCGGGUCAUAGGUUUAAGUUUGACGAGGUUAAAAUCUUGGACUUAGAAAACAACUGGCAUAAAAGAUCUGUGAGUGAGAUGGUGUGGAUUAAGCUUAAUGAUACGGUCAACAAGCGUACGGAUACCCAAAACCUGAGUGCAAUAUAUAAUGAAAUUUUAUCGACAUAUAAAAAUUAUAUUUCCUGA